GAAAUCCCCAAUCGCUCUGUGUCUAUAAGAGCGUUUCAGGCUCCAGGUCUCUGCUUUAUGUUUGGUGGUUAAGGGUAACGAAGGAAGAAAUGGAUGUGAUAGCCCGAAGCUGUGUGCUAUUUUUGUUGCUGCAAACUUUGAUCACAGUGACAAGUCAAGAAUACUGUACACUUCAGGAGUUCCUCACUAGUGCACUUUAUGAUUCAAACUUUGACACAACUGGCCUGGCAGAUGUCUACCUUAAUGGAAAGCAAGUGAGAGUGCCCUGCAUUGAUGGCUAUAGUGGCCAUUUUCAGCUGCUCUGUGUGGAGGGGAGAUGGGAGGCUCGAGGCUUUAAAUGUCAACAAUACUGUACACUUCAGGAGUUCCUCACUAGUGAACUUUAUGAUUCAAACUUUGACACAACUGGCCUGGCAGAUGUCUACCUUAAUGGAAAGCAAGUGAGAGUGCCCUGCAUUGAUGGCUAUAGUGGCCAUUUUCAGCUGCUCUGUGUGGAGGGGAGAUGGACGGCUCAAGGCUCUAAAUGUCAACAAUACUGUACACUUCAGGAGUUCCUCACUAGUGAACUUUAUGAUUCAAACUUUGACACAACUGGCCUGGCAGAUGUCUACCUUAAUGGAAAGCAAGUGAGAGUGCCCUGCAUUGAUGGCUAUAGUGGCCAUUUUCAGCUGCUCUGUGUGGAGGGGAGAUGGGCGGCUCAAGGCUCUAAAUGUCAACAAUGAAGACGACCACAGACAACGUAACAUUGCUUUAACAUCUGAUGACCGUCAAUAUUUCACUCAUGAUGAAUUAGUUGAGAACAGGUGUGCCGGAGGGAAACCUGUCGGCGAUGUGGCCAUGCAUCAGAGGUGUAAUGGUGGUGCGCUUCUCCUGCCUUCAUGCCAGUGAGAGUUUGAACGUUGUCAGCUGUGGAAAUACUAAUAAAACACACAUGAUCUCUC